CUGCUGCCGUUGUCUUUAGCGCUCUGCGCUGCAGCCGGUUAGGCCUACGUCGACGUCGCCCUCCCGUGAGCGCGCCCUCUCCGACGUCUUGUAGUAUGCCCGCGGUUGGCAUGCGUGGCCGCGCCGGCGGAAAGUCGAGGCCUUUCUUACUUCGCCCCGCGUCGGUUUCAAGACUCUCGUCGGCCGUGCCACUGUUGCGAAAACAGGGCAUGGUCUCCGCUCCGAAGACCCCUGUGACAGACACUUCACCGGAAGCCUCGAUGAACGGAUUUAGUACGGAAGAAGAAACGCAGAGUGGUCACAACCAGAUCUGCUGUCUCUUGGACGACUCCGAGCGCUGCACGCGGCCAGCCGGGAAUGCUAGCUACAGCAAACGCAUCCAGAAGACCGUAGCUCAGCGCAAGCUGAAGCUCAACAUCGAUCCCAGCGCGCGGCACAUCUACAUCUGCGACUACCACAAAGGUGUCAUCCAAAGCGUGCGCACCAAGAGGAAGCGCAAGGACAGUGAUGAUGACAACGGUUCCAACGAGCAAGAAAUGGACAUUCCCGAGGUGGACCUCUUCCAGCUUCAGGUCAACACGUUGCGGAGGUACAAGCGGCACUACAAGGUCCCCAUGCGGCCUGGGCUCAACAAGGCGGAGCUGGCUGAUACUUUGGCACGGCACUUCAGGACCAUUCCCAUUGCCGAAAAGGAAGCCAUCACAUUUUUCAUCUACAUGGUCAAGAACAACAAGAACAAGCUCGAUCAGAAGAAUGGUUCCGAACCGUGCUGAACCCAAGCACUGUUGUUGACCCGAGUGCUCUGCAUUGUGUGAAGCCGGUGCCCAUCUUCACCUCGUGGACCGAGGAACGCAGUUAGCUCUAUCAUCUCUCCAUCACCACUCCCCUCAUCACUUCCUGUAUAUAUGCCAUCUAACUGCUUCCUCUUGUACAUAGCAUACAUAUAUACACAAUAUAUGUUUGUGUGCAUUCUAAAACAAAAGUGUACAUAAUAAUAAAAUCAUGAAUGUUUAUUCA